AUGUCUUUACGAUGUACGGCUUCCGCUUAUUCCGCUCUCGUUUCCACUUCACAUGGUGCAUCCAUAAGAUUGAGCAAUAAAAUAAAAAAUAAAGUAAACACGUUCGCUGCCUUAUCUGAUGGCUUUCAACGACGGUGGAAAGCUAGUGCUGUUGGCACACAUUCGCAACCCGUAUCAAUUCCGACUCUUCCUCCAUCCCUACGGACACACAAGAUUCCAAAUUCACCAGAAAUUACAUCCGAACCAGCCCCAGCUUACGACAGUUCUUUUGUAGGUUUAACUGGUGGACAAAUAUUUCAUGAAAUGAUGUUGCGUCACGGAGUAAAACAAGUAUUCGGUUAUCCAGGGGGCGCGAUUCUCCCGGUAUUCGAUGCUAUCUACAAUUCAGAACAUUUUGAUUUUGUACUUCCGAGGCACGAACAAGGUGCUGGUCAUAUGGCGGAAGGUUAUGCGAGAGCGAGUGGUAAACCUGGUAUCGUUCUUGUAACUUCUGGACCUGGCGCAACAAAUGUAGUGACUCCUAUGCAAGAUGCGUUAUCAGAUGGUACACCAUUAAUCGUGUUUUCUGGGCAAGUGCCUACAUCGGCCAUCGGAACAGACGCGUUUCAAGAAGCUGACGUCGUUGGUAUUAGUCGGGCUUGUACAAAGUGGAAUGUAAUGGUAAAAGAUGUUGCUGAUCUACCACGUCGCAUCACUGAAGCAUUCGAGAUCGCCACCACAGGACGUCCCGGACCUGUGCUUGUAGAUCUUCCAAAAGAUAUGACUGCAUCCAUACUUAGAAAACCGAUUCCCACGCAAUAUACACUCCCAUUCCGCGCAUUUAAUGACGCUCCUGCAUUAGCUUCUUCUAUGAUUGCUGGUCCAAUGAUUCGUCGUGCGGCUGAGUUGAUCAACAAGGCAAAACGUCCUCUCAUAUAUGCAGGUCAAGGAGUUCUUGCAUCAGAAGGUCCAAAAUACCUAAGAGAAAUUGCUUCUAUUGGUAACAUUCCAGUGACCACUACUCUCCAAGGACUCGGCGCAUUUGAUGAAUUGGAUCCUCGAAGUUUGCAUAUGUUGGGUAUGCAUGGCUCUGCCUAUGCUAACCUAGCAAUGCAAAAUGCUGAUGUCAUUGUUGCUUUGGGUGCAAGGUUUGAUGAUCGUGUGACUGGUCAUCUAGCACAUUUUGCACCGGAGGCGAAACAAGCAGCAAAAGAAGGAAGAGGCGGCAUUAUUCAUUUCGAAAUAAGUCCCAAAAACAUAAAUAAAGUUGUCCAGGCAACUUGUGCUAUUGAAGGUGAUGUGUCUGAUAACCUUAAUAGGAUUAUGCCAUUCAUUGAAUAUUCCGAACGUAAGGAUUGGUUUGAUCUCAUUGACAAAUGGAAGAAGAAGUAUCCUUGGACCUAUGCAAAACCAAAGGCCCCCAAUUUUAUAUUAAAACCACAACAAAUUAUUGAAGAGUUGGACCGUCAAACACAAGAUUACAAGGAAAACGUCAUCUUGACUACUGGUGUUGGGCAACAUCAAAUGUGGGCAGCACAGUUUUUUAGAUGGCGAUAUCCUAGAACUAUGAUUACUUCAGGUGGCUUAGGAACCAUGGGUUAUGGUCUGCCUUCAGCAAUUGGUGCAAAGGUUGCAAGUCCAGACAAGGUUGUUAUAGACAUCGAUGGAGAUGCAAGUUUCUGUAUGACUGGAAUGGAGCUGGCAACAGCCGCUGAAUACAAUAUCGGCGUAAAAGUGUUAAUUCUUAAUAAUGACUUUCAAGGGAUGGUGAAACAAUGGCAAGAUCUAUUUUAUGAAGAACGUUAUAGUCAGACCAGAAUGAAAAAUCCUGACUUUAUAAAAUUGGCGGAGUCCUUCGGCAUCAAAGCAAUAAGGAUACGCACAGAGGAAGAGAUACCAAGCAAGGUGGCAGAAUUCUUGGAGUAUAAUGAUGGACCGAUUGUAUGUGAGGUUAUCAUAGAAAAACAUGAACACGUAUAUCCCAUGGUGCCAGCCGGUAAAGCAUUAGGUGAUUUUAUUGUUCAUCCAGAUCUAAAAAAGGAUGAUUAA